AUGGGAUUAAAUAAGUUCGCUUCUUCCCACUCCCUUUCAGGCACUUUAUUCGGGAUAUGUAAGCACAUGUAUUACCUGUCCAGUUACGGUCGUGUAAAUGAUACCUGCGUUGAAAUCAUGUUGUUGUUACAUCUUUGCCUGAAAUAAACUAUUAACUAACUAACUAACUAACUAGGAUACUGUAAAUAUAAGAUUCUGCAGUUCUGAUUUUUUAUUUUUGCCAAGCUAAAAUUAUGACGAAUAAAACAGGAUGAGUGUGUUUCAUGUAAUGUUUGGUUUAUUCUAAACAUGUAGACACACCUGUAUUUGUUUAGUGCUUAUUUUAAGUCCAUCUAUCCUUUAUCCUGUGCAGUGAUGAUCCUAUGAGCAGGAUACACCCUGAACAGGUCGCCAGUCCAUCUCAGACAACCCCACACACACUCACACUGAGGGGCGAUUUAGGGUCGUCAAGUUAACCUCACAUGCAUGUUUUUAGAUUGUGGGAGGAAACCCAUGCACACACUGGGAGAACAUGCAAACUCCACAAAGAAGGGCCCGGCCAGUAUGUGAUCUCAAGGCUUUUUCACUGUGUUUAGCACUUCUCCACCGUGCGGCCUUCUACAACAAAUAAUGUCUCUGGAAUCAAUCGAUGUUGACUCUUUUGUCUGUGUACUCAUGUGAAAUCUGAAGGCUUGCAAUAUUCGAACUUUGCUGAUGCUAGAAUGGAGGUGUCAAAGAGAAGAAUCUUCCAGAAACACCUGGAGCCGGCGAGACCUCUUCGUCGCUGCUUCCAUAUUGAAACUGAGCCCGAGCUGGAUGCAGAUGAAUGCACACAGGCUCAAGAGAUAAUAAUGUGCAAUGACCCACUGGAAACUGAAAAGGCUGCUGUUGAAAUAAAUCAGUUAUAUUUGAGCAUCAACCUGGACCAACAGAAAAAAGGUCAAAUAUCUUAUUCAAGGGACUUCUUAAUCAGUCUGGCAAGAUGCCCAGAGGCCAAGAGGAAGCCGCACUUCUUGGCGGACCACUCUAUACUGGCAUCUAUUAUCAGAGAUGCAGGAGAACUCGGCUUUCACGAUAUAUUAAAGAAUAUCGCAAGAGAACAAAUGUGGCGGAAAUGAUUCCUUCAGCUUGAAAUCAUUGCAUAGGUCUUAUUCUCCUACUUAACGGUUGUUUUUCUUUGGUUGCCUUUUCUCUUUUAUUUAUUUUAUUUGUGAUGUUGGAUUUUGCAUGUCUUUUUAAGUGAGAGUGAUUUUUGAUUUUCAAAGCCUGUUUGAUUUCACUAAAAUGAAGGGGAAAAAAACCCAAUAACCCCACGCCACUGCAUGUAAUUCUACCUCGGGUCAAUUUGUUUACAUGUGACUGGAAAGAAAGCAACAUUUUGGAGCUGAAAGUGAAUUUUGCUGAGGAUCUGAUUAAA